GGUCUGUAGGAGAGUGCUAUUUGUCUGUGAGGUUUCCAACAUUUACUGUGAAAUGCAAAACUAGUCGUAGUUUCUGGCCUGGGGUUCUAUCCUUCCGUCCUUUCGAUGUUCAAGUAUUAACCCUUGAAGGAAGGCAUUCCCAAACAAUGACCUCCUCUUUCUUAACAUCGACAAGAAGAACCACAAGAAUAUUUUUAUCAAGUGUCAACACUCUAGUGCCCUAUUUCCAGAGUCUGAAAUCUCUAGUUGAGUUGAGAUUUGAUUUCCUGCAAACCGUCGGCAACUCUUUGUCAAUGUUAUUACAAGGCCUGGCAUCGCUACCCGCUAAGAGUACGGAGGCUGGGAGGUUUCCUCCUCUUGAGAUAUUAUGUUGUAGCAACUGUCAUUUGACAACACAGGAUAUUAAAGCUCUUGUUGGGCAAUUGCAGACUUUCCAAAACUUGAAGCAGAUAGAUCUCAGUCACAAUUCCAUCAAUGAUGAGGCAGUGCCUGGUCUUGCUGAAGGCCUUAGCUCAUGUCAGAAUCUGAAAAAGGUGAACUUUAGUCAUAACAAGUUGUCUGACAGGGGAGACUUCUUACCUCCCCUCCCCAACUUGGAAGAGAUAGAUCUCAGCCACAAUGCCAUUAGUGAUGAGGCAGUGCCUGGUCUUGCUGAAGGCUUUGGCUCGUGUCAGAACCUAAAGCAUGUCCAUUUUAGCAAUAACAAGAUUUCCAACGAGGGCGCAUUGCUUUUGCUGCUACAAGAUCAAUGCAAACGUGUGCAGGUGGAGACUGCUGGAAACAACAUUAGUGACGACCUCGUGUCUCUACUCUCAAACAGAGAGAAUGCUAGCCAGACCUUGGAAGAGAUAGAUCUCAGUCGCAGUGACUUAACUGAUGAGGCAGGACCUGGUCUUGUCCAAAUUCUUGGUUCAUGUCAGAAGCUGAAGAAGGUGAACCUUAGUUUUAACAAAUUGUCUGACAGGGGAGACUUCUUACCUCCCCUCCCUAACUUGGAGGAGAUUGAUCUCAGUCACAAUGCAAUUAGUGAUGAGGCAGUGCCUGGUCUUGCUGAAGGCUUUGGCUCGUGUCAGAACCUAAAGCAUGUCCAUUUUAGCAAUAACAAGAUUUCCAACGAGGGCGCAUUGCUUUUGCUGCUACAAGAUCAAUGCAAACGUGUGCAGGUGGAGACUGCUGGAAACAACAUUAGUGACGACCUCGUGUCUCUACUCUCAAACAGAGAGAAUGCUAGCCAGACCUUGGAAGAGAUAGAUCUCAGUCGCAGUGACUUAACUGAUGAGGCAGGACCUGGUCUUGUCCAAAUUCUUGGUUCAUGUCAGAAGCUGAAGAAGGUGAACCUUAGUUUUAACAAAUUGUCUGACAGGGGAGACUUCUUACCUCCCCUCCCUAACUUGGAGGAGAUUGAUCUCAGUCACAAUGCAAUUAGUGAUGAGGCAGUGCCUGGUCUAGCUAAAGGCCUUACUUCAUGUCCGAACUUGAGGACUGUAAAUCUUUUCAAUAAUACAAUCUCCAAUAAGGGAGCACUUAUGUUGUUGCUAGAACAAUCCCGACAGCUGCGGGUGGAGAUUGAUUACGAUAUUAAUAAUAGCAUAUUUCCCGAUCUUCAGUCUCUCCUCUCACGUAGAACGGAUGCCAGCCAGGUAACAAAACUUGAUCUCACAUUCGGACAACCCUCUGGGCGGGAUGUUUCACCACACGUUACUGUAGACCAAAUUAUACAGCGGGCCUUGCACUUGUCACUUUCACUACCCGUUAGUGCAGUCCACCUUCUACUGCAGUUCCUCCCACAGCUGCCCAACCUGCAGGAGUUAGCGCUUUGUGUCAGCUGUCAGGGGGAAGAGGAAGCAGAACUUAUAGGCCAAUUGUAUGAGAUGCAACCCCCACUGAAGUGUCUUAGGCUAAUGAUAAUGGACUGGUCAUUCGGCAAAAUGACGAGGCUGUUGACCCUGAUGUUCCAACAGUUCCCGAUGUUAGAAGCGAUAGAUCUCCGUAGUAGUGACAUAGGUGAUGAGGCAGUGUCUGUGCUUAACCAAGGUCUUGCGUCAUGUCAAAACUUGAAGAAAGUGAACCUUAGCCAUAACAAGUUCUCUGAUACGGGCUUCUUACCUCCCCUCCCCAACUUGGAGGAGAUAGAUCUCAGUCACAAUGCCAUUAGCGACGAGGCAGUGCCUGGUCUUGCUGAAGGUCUUGGUUCGUGUCAGAACCUGAAGAAGUUGAACCUUAGUUAUAACAAGUUGUCUGUCAGAGGAGACUUCUUACCUCCCCUCUCCAACUUGGAGGAGAUAGAUCUCAGUCACAAUGUCAUUAGUGAUGAGGCAGUGCCUGGUCUUGCUGAAGGUCUUGGUUCGUGUCAGAACCUGAAGAAGUUGAACCUUAGUUAUAACAAGUUGUCUGUCAGAGGAGACUUCUUACCUCCCCUCUCCAACUUGGAGGAGAUAGACCUCAGUCACAACGCCAUUAGUGAUGGGGCAGUGCCUGAUCUUGCUGAAUGUCUUGCUUCAUGUCAGAACCUGAAGAAGGUGAAUCUUAGUCAUAACAAGUUGUCUGUCAGAAGAGACUUCUUACCUCCCCUCCCCAACUUGGAGGAGAUAGAUCUCAGUAACAAUGCCAUUAGUGUUGAGGCAGUGCCUGGUCUAGCUGAAGGUCUUGCUUCAUGUCCGAACAUGAGGACUGUCAAUCUCUCCGAUAAUAACAUCUCCAAUAAGGGAGCAUUGUUAUUGUUGCUAGAACAACCCGAACAGCUGCAGGUGGAGAUUAUAAGCAAUAAUAGCAUAUCGCCCGAUCUUCGGUCUCUCCUCACACGCAGAACAGAUGCCAGCCAGGUAACAAAGCUUGAUCUCACAUCCAGACAGUUCUCUUGGCGGGAUGAGGAUGUUUCACUACCCGUUACUGCAGUCCACCUUCUAGUGCAAUUCCUCCCACAGCUGCCCAACCUGCAGGAGUUAGCGCUUUGUGUCAGUUGUCAGGGGGAGGAGGAAGCUGAACACAUCAACCAGUUGUAUGGAGUGCGACAUCUGUUAAAGAAGCUGAAGCUAGAAGACUGGUCAUUGGGCAACAUGAUAAGACUCUUAACUCAGAUGUUGCAACACCUGACUCUGUUAGAGGAGAUAGAUCUCAGUUACAAUGACAUUAGUGAUGAGGCAGUGCCUGGUCUUGCUGAAGGCCUUGGUUCAUGUCAGAACCUGAAGAAAGUGAACCUUAGCCAUAACAUGUUGUCUGACAGAGGAGACUUCUUACCUCCCCUCCCCAACUUGGAGGAGAUAGAUCUCAGUCACAAUGUCAUUAGUGAUGAGGCAGUGCCUAGUCUUGCUGAAGGUCUUGGUUCAUAUCAGAACCUGAAGAAGGUGGACCUUAGUGGUAACAAUUUGCCUGAUGUUAGAGAACUGGCAGCUGUCUUCAUCAACCUUCCAAAACUGACACGUGUUGAUAUUGCUAACAAUUCCAUCCGUGACGAGUCCCUCCCCACCAUAGCUGCCUGGCUGAAGGUUUGCACGUGUGUGGAGAGAGUCGACCUGUAUGGUAACAAUUUCAGUGCAGAAGGGGUCCGAGAUUUUGUGAGAACCAUGAAGGGGAAAGCUUACAGAGACAGUUGGUUAUUACAUGGCCUCCUGUAUGACGGCAGUCAGGCUGAUGUGAGUGAGGAUGUGGAGUCGGGUGGGGAGGAUGUACGGAGGGAGGAACAGCAGUGGGAGAGGUUGAGGAGGGAGACAGGUUGGAUAUACGUGAGGGUCGGACAGCUGGUGGUUGUGAUUAACCACACAGGCUCCAGAUCAAAGAAUCUGCAACUGAAGCCGCUCACUCCCUCCUGA